AUGAAUGACCUUGGUGACAUGCGCCAGCGCUCAUCAUCGCGGAAAGUGGGAGUUCCCGCAGAUGUAUCAACUGUUGCCGCUUCCGUGCCGAUAGCGAUUGCGAAGACGAUUACUUGGUCGGACCUGCCCGAAUGGAGGAAAGACAACGAGUAUAUUCUGACAGGAUACAGAAGAGAACUUGGAAGUUGGUUCGGUUGCUUCUCCUCAGUGUUUACAUAUGUACACAACGAGACAGUGAACAUCCAUUCUCACCUUCUCGGCGCCCUACUGUUCGCUGUCUUUCUACUGACUGUCGACUCCGCGCAUCUUACCGAACAUGAGACCGUCUCAUUGGCCGAUAGAUUGGUUUUUGCUAUCUUCCUGUCCGCCGCGGUCUUCUGCCUCGGGUCCAGUGCGUUCUACCACACAUGCUGCGUACACUCUCAGAAAGUAGCUACGAGGUGUAAUGCUCUGGACUACUCUGGGAUCGUAGUUCUCAUCGUUGGUUCUUUCUUCCCUUGCAUCUACUACGCCUUCUACUGCAAGCCACAUCACCAAGCACUAUAUCUGGGAAUAAUUUCGAUAGCCGGUCUCGUCGCCGCUUAUAUCGUCCUCAACCCCCAAUACAGUAAGAAUACCCACCGGAAGGCUAGAACCUAUGUGUUCAUCGCUCUGGGUCUGAGCAGCGUGCUGCCCGUCUCGCAUGCGUUCAUCGCCCACGGAUUUAGAGCAUUGUGUAUCGAGAUGGGGUUCCAUUGGCUCCUGUUGUCCGGCGCACUAUAUAUCGCAGGAGCCUUGCUCUACGCGAACAGGAUCCCAGAACGCUUCGCUCCCGGGCGAUUCGACAUCAUCUUCGCAUCGCAUCAGAUCUUCCAUUGCGCUGUUGUCGCCGCGGCGCUCUGCCACUAUGCAAUCAUAGAGGAUGGAUCUCCGUCUCCUGUUGUAGCAUGGGCGUAG